AUUUUACGGGAAUUUUUGGAUUUAGGGGUCAUACUGUCAAAUACUGGUGUUUAAAGAAUGGUGAAAAAAGGCAUCCUGAGAGAUUAUCAAUCGAUUGGGGCUUUAAAUGAAAGCUCGGAGUUACUUUUGAAGACUCUAGGGGAUAUAUACAACGCAACUAACUUCAUGGAGGAAGAAUCGAUUAGACUAGUUCAAUAUGAGACUGAAAUGCGAUGUCUGCUUGAUGAAAGGUCGUUUAUCCUCAGCCAACUACAGAAUGUUGAGCAAGAUAUAUCUACGCUGGGAGCAAUAGUGCGUCAGGCUUGGUCUGAUCGAAACAAGAGUGUUUUUUGCAUUCAAAGGCUGUAUGGUGAAUAUAAUCAGCUUUUAAAUAACAUAAACAAACACAGAGAAGACUUUGAUUUAGCACCUUUGCAGAGUCUAUACAAAACUCCAAAAGAAGUGUUGGAAAAUCACAAGGACACCGCCAAGGUCAUCUGUAGUGAAACAAAUAGAUCAGAAAACGAAUCAAUUAAAGGAAAUCAAAGUCCAAAGCAGUCGGAGAACAGGUGUGAAGUGGAGUCAAAAAUACGACAAGGUAAAAAAGCAAGUCACAAAAACACAAAGCCACAGCAAAACUCAAGCGUAAAAACAAGCAACGAAAAUUUCAAGGAAAUCCAAUUUUCAAAAAGAGAUCACGGCGACAGUCAGAGACCAUUGCAUCAUUCUAAUGAGAUUCUUGUAGCGGAUAAUUUAAUGCCAUCUACCACAGAAAUUGGAAUUAACAGUGAAGUACUUAAUGAUGACUUUUCUUUUAACGAAGAAAAAAAUAAGCGUGAAGGGGACGUGCACAAUCUUAAUUUUAGCGUUUCACCGUGGCCAAAUAACGAACAUUUCCAGGUUAACUUUUGCAGAUAUACAAGUUUGUCUGAUUGUAAUCUAGACCAUAUCAGUUCAGAAUCUCCAUCAACCUCCCUACAUAAUCAGGUCAAGUCAGUUAGUCUAGAUUUUAGUGAGUCAUUGCUCAAUACAAGCGAAUCUCAGUUGAUUGCACAAUGUCCACCCAUGAAAACAUGUCAAGCGUGUCAACAGUUGAUUCAUCGAAACGCUCCAAUAUGCCCACUAUGUAAAACUAAAAGCAGAUCAAGGAAUCCAAAAAAGCUAAAAUCACGUCCGGUUAUUCAGGUUACAGAUAUGCCAAAUUCAUCAACAGGUGUCUCUUUAGCGUUGCGUCUGACACAUGAUCACAAUGAGUAAAACAAUCAAUUCACCGGUCGGCUAACUGUUCAUCUUACAUAGCGGUUUUACUUUUGAAACUUCAGUUUAUACGUGUAAUAAAAAUCAUAAUCUUUGCC